GGCCGAAACAUAAAACUUCUUCGCCACCGUCGUCAUCUUUGUGCCCAGCUUGUUUAUGCUCGUCAUUCGUUUGUUUCCACCUUGGGUGGGAUGCAAAACAAACAAACAAAACACACAUAAUAUCGUGCGUAGCGCUAGCCCCCUUUCUUAUCACCUUACUAAAGGACGGUGCACCAUCUUUCAAGUGCAACCUUAUCAGUUCUAGUAUCAUUCGGAAUUGCUAGGUCACGACUCUAAAUUUGUGCAAAAAUGUCGCAGAAUCUGGAUGUGGUCGUUUUUGGGUCGUGUAUUGUCGAUUUCAUUAGCUAUGUUCCGCGACUUCCGCGGGUGGGCGAAACGCUGCACGGGACGAAAUUCGUCACCGGGUUCGGAGGUAAGGGCGCCAAUCAGUGCGUGGCGGCGGCUCGGCUAGGGUCGCGUACGGCCAUCAUCGGGAAGCUGGGCAAUGACCCGUGGGGUAGCAAUUACCGAAAGGCGCUCGAGUCCGAGGGCGUAAACGUCGACCACGUGAAGAUCGUGAAGGGCGAAAGUACGGGAAUCGCCCAAAUUAAUGUGGCCGACAAUGGGGACAACCAGAUUGUGAUCGUAGUAGGCGCCAACAACAGCCUACUGCCGGCGGAUGUGGGUGCGAGUGCUGACCUGUUGACGCGGGCGAAGAUCCUGGUUUGUCAGCUGGAGACGCCUUUGGCGGGGACGUUGGAGGCGUUACGGACCUUCUCCGGAACUUCGAUCAUGAACGCGGCGCCCGCCGUGGAAAACGUCCCGCACGACCUGCUCCACCUCUGUUCGAUAUUCUGCGUCAACGAGACGGAAGCGGCGCUCAUCACCGGAGUGCCCGUAGAGACAGUCAUUCAAGCCAAAGGCGCCCUGCUGAAGCUACGCGACAUGGGUUGCAACACCGUUGUGAUAACGCUGGGCGACAAAGGCGCCAUCUUUGCGCCCAAAGACAACGCCAAAGUGGUGCACGUGAAGCCGUGCAAGGUGGACAAAGUCGUCGACACGACGGGUGCUGGUGAUGCCUUUAUAGGCGCUUUGGCGCACUUUAUGGCGCGGAAUCCGGAAGCUGAGCUAACGCAGUGCAUUGCGGCCGCAAACAAAGUGGCGUCGCUGUCGGUGCAGAAACCCGGAACUCAGACCAGCUUUCCGCGGCUUUCGGAGACGGGACUUGGCCAGGACUUGUCAUCGAACCCGUGCGAGUGGGAGUACAUUUGAAAGGCAUUUUGCUUACUGUUUUGCAUUUUAUUGAUAACUGAAUAAAUUGUUUCGAUACAUUAUAUUUUUA